AUGGCCAAGGGGGUGGGCGAUGGGGAGCCGCUGAUUCCGAUUGGGGGGCAGAAGCGGGGUGGCACCGGGCGUGGGGCCCUGCUGCGGGACGCGACCAGGUGGACGAUCUUCAGGAAUGGAUGCCUGAUAGCGACUUGGUACUUCUUCAGCACCACCCUCAGCCUACUUAACAAAAAGCUCAUAGGCAAGAAGCACGGCAUCUAUGGCAAUACGCCUUUUCCAGCUCCCCUGCUGAUGACUGGGGUGCACAUCAUCUGCCAGUACUUGUUGGCCAAGGGCGUGUUUGCUUUGGGGAUAGUUCAGAGGGAGUCCAAGGAGCAGCUCUCAUGGAGAGAGUAUGCAAAGACAGUGCUUCCAAAUGGCACCUCCACUGGACUCGACAUCGGGUUUUCAAACCUUUCCUUCCAGACGAUCACUGUCAGUUUCUACACCAUGUGCAAAUCCACGACGCCAAUGUUCCUUCUCAUGUUUGCCUUCCUGAUGGGAUUGGAAAAGCCCAGUUGGCGUCUGGCGGGUGUGGUGGCCGUGAUCAGCACUGGCAUCCUGUUGCUGGUUUUCGGCGAGGCCGAAUUCAAUCUUGUGGGAUUCUUGCUGGUAAUGACUGCAGCUUGCCUGGCGGGCCUGCGUUGGACCCUGACUCAGAUCCUGCUGCAGGGCACCAAGGGUGGGAAAUCCCUUUCUCAUGGUGGACCUCUGGAUGUCCUGGAAUCCCUUUGCCCAGUGAUGGCGACCUCCGUCCUGGCCCUGUCGCUGUUGACCGAGAACCUGGAGGACCUGCCAGCUUCCCCCUACUUCCACACCUUCGACCACACCGUCAAAUCGGCUGCGAUCAUGGGAGGCCUUGGGGCGGUCGCGUUCUUGAUGGUGUGGACCGAGUUCAAGGUGAUAGCGGAGACGUCGGCUCUGACGUUCAUGGUGGCUGGCACCCUCAAGGAAGUCGUCACAGUGCUGGCGGCGGUGUUCUUUUAUGACGAGCACUUCGGCGUCAUCAACGGCGUGGGCCUGGUGGUCCUGCUCACGGGCGUGUCGCUCUACAAUUUCACCAAGUACCAGAAACUGAAGCAAGGAGAAAUAAAGCCGGCCAGGAGGGGCGGUCACCUGAACCUCAAGCGGGACUUCUCUGCGGACGCGCUUGCGGCCACAAAUCCGGAGGGCGUCCCAGCCAGCGCCCCAGGGGAGGUGGCCCUCUCUGCCACAUACUUUAGGCACAAACUCGGCGACGAAAGAGGGGAGCCGACCGGUGAGGGGCCGGGCGCGGUGGAGGAGGGCGAGGGGCCUCAGCCAGAUCAGUAA